UCAAACAGCCACGCAGCGAAAAUUCCUUGGUGUGAAAUUUAUCGUGGCCCGCCAAACGUCAAACCUUGAAUCCCCCCCGACAUCCCCCAAACCAACGCCGCAUCACGACCGAGGUCCAAGUCCCACCGUCACAAUGGCUUCGCGACCUACCGUCUCCAUCAUCGGCAAAGAUGGUGCUGCCACUGGCAACACCCACCCCAUGCCCGCUGUCUUCAGCAGCCCCAUCCGCCCGGACAUUGUCCAGGAGGUGCACAAGGGCAUGGCCAAGAACAAGCGUCAGCCUUACGCCGUGAGCGAGAAGGCUGGUCACCAGACCUCUGCCGAGUCCUGGGGAACUGGACGUGCCGUCGCCCGUAUCCCCCGUGUCUCUGGUGGUGGUACUCACCGUGCCGGUCAGGCCGCCUUUGGUAACAUGUGCCGUUCCGGUCGCAUGUUCGCUCCCACCAAGAUCUGGCGCAAGUGGCACGUCAAGGUCAACCAGGGCCAGAAGCGCUACGCCACCUGCUCUGCCCUCGCCGCCUCGGCCGCCGCACCUCUGCUGAUGGCCCGCGGCCACCAGGUCAUGACCGUCGCCGAGGUCCCCCUCGUCAUCGACUCUGGCAUCUUCGAGGCCGGCUCCGUCCUCAAGACCGCUGGCUCCGUCGCCAUCCUCAAGGCUGUCGGUGCUGGCCCCGACAUUGACAAGGUCAAGGGCUCCAAGAAGCUGCGCGCCGGCAAGGGCAAGCUCCGUGGCCGCCGCCACCGCCAGCGCCGCGGUCCCCUCGUCGUCUACGACCCCGCCGUCGACGGCAAGGAGCUCGUCAAGGGCUUCCGCAACAUCCCCGGCGUCGAGUCCUGCCCCGUCACCGCCCUCAACCUGCUUCAGCUCGCCCCCGGCGGUCACCUCGGCCGCUUCGUCGUCUGGACCUCGGCCGCCUUCAAGGCCCUCGACGAGAUCUACGGCUCCACCACCGAGCCCUCGGCCCACAAGCGCGACUUCCUCCUCCCCAGCAACGUCGUCUCCCAGGCCGACCUCACCCGUCUCAUCAACUCCUCCGAGAUCCAGUCCUCCCUCAACGCCCCCAAGGGCGAUGCUCUCACUCGCCGCUCGGCUGUGCAGAAGAAGAACCCGCUCAUCAACAAGCAGGUUAUGCUUCGCCUGAACCCCUACGCGUCCCAGUACGCCAAGGAGGCUCAGAAGAGCACCAAGGAGUAAGGGUACCCUCGGGUUCGAGAGUGCUCUUGCGAUGGGAGGGUCUGCCUGGUGGGUGUGCAACAGGUGGACGAUUUGUCUUUUCUGGAAGGGUUUAGCAUGGAUGAACUAUGGAGGCGUCAAUGGCUUCUGCAGGAUUGGUCUCACAAAAAGAAGAGUCAAUUUAUGACAAUUUCAUUUGUCUUCAUUAUGAUCAACAUGUCUUGCCCCGUCCAAGUGAUUGACUGUACUGUGCAUCACCCAUGUUCACUGGUAGGCUGUUGCAUGAGAAAACUUGGGUAUCAUAUAUGGUAUGUAGUCUCAGGCAUCACAUAAAGCAACAUAUCUCUCUGUCUCUA